AUGAGGUUAUUUGGUUCAUUGAGGCGACGAAACAUAUGCUUUCUUGUUUUUUACUUACGUAUCAUAAACAUAGGGUGCGAAUGCUUCAAUACGGAAGUUGAUCGGAGCUUUGACUCACCGGAUAUAUUAACUACAAGAGCAUUAGGGGCGAAACAAUGGUUCCAGUCACCCAUCAAAAUAAAGUGCUCAUUUCAGACCGGUUUUCCAUGCACUGUGUAUCCACUUGAUUAUCAGGAUGCUUCAAAUCUCACAUUGCUAUGUAUUAGCGAGAAAGCUAAAAAUGGAGCUGUUUUGACCUUGAACUUUUCGUGUCAAAACUAUGCCCCAUGGAAACGCCUCAGCAAUUUAUAUUGUUCUGUGUACAAGGUCUCAACUUCAACUAAGUCAUUGACAACUUUCAUCGACCUUCUACCUGGCGUCCCCGAAGAAAUUGCAUUAUGCUUGCACCGAUUAGAAGAAAACAAAGAGAAGACCGUGUCGUGUAAAUCGAUCAAAAUAAUAUUUUUCGUCGAGCACUUCGCUAUUAAAGGAAGUAUAUAUUACCUUUUAAAACAUACGUGGAAACAGAUGAUGCAGAUAGGGAAUUCAAAACACGCCAAUAAGAAAACUCAAAUAGGCAUCCUUAAAAGGCAAACAAUAAAACAGAAAUCCGACAUUACAUCCACACGUAUGGAAAAGGACGUCGAUUGUGUGAUUAGUGAGAGUAGCGCCCGUAUUUGUGAUAUUGAGGUGGUUGGCAAUGCAACACUAAGUUAUGCUUUUGAUCCUAUCCAUUCAUUACUGUGGAUACAGGUUAGUGCUACUCAUUAUAAUGGUACAAAAGCAUUGCUUAUGAAGAUACACAACAGAGAAACCAUCCAUGGGGUGAAAAGGAAAAUUAUCAUAUUUUUAGACGGGGUAAGGCUUGGUGCAUUGCCAAUGGAGAUAGACAUCUCUAAAUACAUUAGUGACAGCAUAGAAGAUGGAAGAGAAUGUCGUUCCAUAUCUCUCAGCACAUUAAAUGAAGAAUCUGGUCGGACCAAUUUUAUUCAGAUCCGUUUAGUUAAAGGUGAUGCGAUUAACAAUCAAAUGGCGACCAUUCACGUCAACAGCAGUGAGGCAAGAUUUAUGAAAAUAGAAGGAUCAAAUUAUACAGGUUUAGUGUACGAAAGGGACUACAGUAAUAGGAAACCCUGCCUGCAUAUAAUCAGGGACAUGAUCACGGAGAUGAGCAUACUAAUAAAUAGCAGCAAGCCGGCAGUCGUAACUCUAUCUAGAACCAGUGAUAAAGUGGAAGCGUUUUUAAACGGCAUCAAAGUUAAAUCUAGAGAGUACCCUAUACUUAUGGGUAGUGGAAAAUUUGUGGUACUUCUGAGGGAUUCAUAUUAUCAAAAGACCAUUCGGCUCUCAUAUACAUCCGUCACCAAUUAUUGCAACAUAUCUUGUGUAACAUGGUGUUUCUACAUAUAUAGCCAUCUGAUGUUAGGUGGUACGAGUGGUUUUGUGGAUUCAUUGGUCACCUACAAAUUUUCAUCUUUCCUCUUUAACAUGGACGAUGUCGUUUUAUGGGGACGGUUUUUGGUUCGUCCGAUGUUGUUGUUCGUAAAGGAUAUGUACACUACCAGUGCUUUUGCCGAAUUGCUUUUGCUUAACCUCGUUGGAUUAUGUUGUAUUGUUGCCGUAGUAACACUUCGUUGCUUCAGAGUUGUUAACAUUCGUUGUCGAUAUAAAAAAUACUUGUCACUUCUGGGGAUGCUUUGCGGUCUCAUCUGUGUAUCUGUUGCAACGGUACAUUCAAGGGUGUUCGCUGAGGAGGUAGGAGGCAUUUAUAUUUUAGGGUAUCAUUUGCCCUAUAAGUUUUUAAGACUUGCGUCGCUAGCCGGUUUGAUAACGUACACCGCCAGUACAUUUUGGCUUCUAUUCGCUGCUGUGGGUUUAUCUUCAGUUCAUACGCGUAUAUCGUGUAGCCAGUUUCCCCAUCUAAGACAACAGCUUAUGGAAAGUCGGAAAGGCACGGCUGGUUAUGAAUACUUCAUAGAAGGUGGAAAACUUUACAAGUUGUAUUACAACCUAAUGCAGAGUAGAAUGCCAGUCGAUGACCUCUCAUCUGGUAGAAAUUCAUUUGAGAUGGAGGUAACAAAGGUUGCUUCGGUCACCUUAAAUGGAAACCAUUCGGGAAGCAUGGCACCGUUGUUUACGAUUAACAAAGUUUUUAAAGAAUAUGAAGAUAUGCCUCUGACCAGCCUAAUUACACUGAGAGAUCUGGAGGCGAUGUCUCUGAUGAGAAAAAAAGUUAGAGUGUGGUGUCAGACAAAGAAAAAUGGGAAAUAUAUAAAUGGCGAAGAUGCUAUUGACUCGCUGUAUAUGUGUAUGACGAUGGUCGAUUGUUGUUUUGCUAUAUUUGCAUUGAUGUCGGCUAGGAUCCUAAUCCACGGAAUUACACUGGUAGUAUGCCACCUGACAUUUAAGAUAGCCAUCAUCAUGGUCGCCUUCUACCUCAGGUAUAACCAAGUCAAGUACCUAAUGCAUAAAGAAGCAAUAGAAGAAUCAAUUCCAUUGCAAAAAAUGGUGAAAGGUGACAUCCUGCUGCUUGGGCUGGUCAACAAGUGCGUUAGGAUUGUAGUUUUGAUUGUCUUAUUUGUAAUACAAAAUAUUUAUAAAGGCGUUAAAACUCCAACAUUAAUCGCCAUUAUAAAAUGCUGUUUGAUCAGUUGCGCAUUUGCCACAAAUUUUCCUGACUUCCGCGUGUGCUUAUCCGAUGGGUUUAAGCUCUUACCCAAGGCGGCGCUGACAUGUUACUACUAUGUCGUAUCCGUAUAUAGGUUUUUCAAGUGCAGAUACCGUUACAAGCUGUUCUGUUACUCAAAACGUUCUGAGGUCUUCCGAUCUUCUGUUGCAGGCAAAAGUAUAGGCAUACGGAGUAUGAGAUCUCAUUCAAGUUCACAAGCUAUACCAGUUUGUAUCCUUGAUUUGCGCGUCUUAGAUCAGUUCAAAAACAUAUAUCGAUUCAGACGCCCGAGAAUUGUGUUAAAAAACGUCUUUUUUCAUCCAUCGGUGAUAGCUCACUUCGGAGACUUCAUCCCCACUUUUGAAAUUAAUGGUGCCGAAAAAGAUGGAGUGCACAAUGUUUGCGGUGGUGAAAGGACGCACAGUGAGGGGUUUCCUAUGCACAAUACUACAGAACUUGAACCUAAACAGUCGCCUGUAAAGUCGAUGUUCGAUGGACUGGAGACCUUAGGGUAUGAUUUCGGACACGUGCUGCCCCAACAAAUAAGCAAUGUGGGGCUUAUCGACCAAAAACUAGAUGGUAAAAAUCAUGGGUCCUUAUCAUCUGCUCUAUCAGAAGAACGCGCUUUACAUAUUGUACAUGAUAACAAAACUGAAAGGCAUGGAUUUUGUUUUAAGCAUCGUGUACCAUUAUUUCAACGACUAUUUGCGGUCAUAGAGUGGCGCCCCACGAUUCAAUCCUGUAUAUCCACGACACUGAAGAAAUGCCAUGAUACAAUACAGGAUAACACAUCUAGACUAGUGAAUGUCUACAUCGGUAUCGGGUCGCUCAGCACCGUCCCACCAGCACGCAGUACCGACAUGCUAAAUUACGUUAAAUAUGAUUCUCACCACAACGUAUUGACGAUUUCUGACCAUUUCAUAAUUCCUACGGAACACUACACUAUACGAGGAAUGGUUCGUGGCAACCACAUUCCUAUCUCCACAUCCAUAAUUUAUCACACGUCUUGCGUGGAAAACGGGGAAAUAACUUUUGAUUCUAUUCAAGAGAUUGAUGACAAGAUGGCUAUUAGAGUGACGGAGAAACCAUCAAUGGAGAGUUCGGCUUUACUUCCCAGCGAUCUCACUAUUGACCAUAACAUCAAUACCAACAGGGUUAAAUUAGGCAACUCUAUUUUCAAAGCAAAUCGAGACUAUAUUAUUACAUACCAAACAGAGGCUCUAGACCAACACACAUGUUUCAUCUAUAUUGGCCCAGCAGAAAGACACUUUAAGGAAAUUGUGACGCCAGUUACAAUGUCACCACAAAGUAGCUAUGAUUUUGUAAUCAUAGACAAGACAGGAUCAAGCCAUACAAUAUAUGCUGUAAAAUAUGAACAAAUGACAAACACCAAGCAUAUAUUCGGAAUGAAAUCCAAGGUGAUAAACACUGUUGAGAAAAUUGAGUUGGAUUACCCCGGUAUAGGUAGGGGUCAUUAUAGCGGCUAUAAAUUUCAUAUCACCGAUGUCAUUGACGAUGGAUACGGAUCGGAUACGCCAUCAACAAUAUCCCGCAUGUUACGUGUCAAACCGUGCCAGUAUAUUUUGGGUGAUAACAUGAGCUUCUUAGUACCCAUCACCGUUGUUUGUAGAGUUCCAUCGCAGGCAGAGGAAGAUACCUUUCGUGUCGUACCCCAUUACGACGUAUUGCAACGUGACAUAGAAUGCCGUAUCAAUGAUUUAAAUAUAGCCUUACAGGUUCUUCAAUUCCACUUGAAACUUGCAACCAGUAACGAGACGUACGGAGAUAAAUCCAUUUUACAAUAUACUGAAAAUCGGAAACAAGUUAUACAAAACAUUUGUAGAUACCCAGAAGAAAAGGACAUGAGACAACUGUACUCUGAUUCAUGUCAAGACCCUGAUGAGAUUUUCGAGAAGGUUUUAGCUUCCCUAUUUUACGAUGAUGCACUUGAAGAUUUCUGGUUACAGUUGAAUAAUCAAAAUCAUAUGGACAAUGGCCUGCUCUCUUCACUUCGCAUCAUACUUCAUUGCUGCAUAGACCAACUAAAUGAAGCGGCGGGUAUUCUGAUGCAACAAGACGCGUUGACCAAAGACGUUACACUUCGAAUGGAAAUGCAAAAGUUCGAUUCACUGGUUUCUCAAGGAAUGACUGUAGAGGAUGCAAAAUCAUUGUUAGACAACAGUGAGCAGUUUGAAUAUUUUUUGCAAAUUCCUUUUGUUCUAAGAUUGCAUGAUAUUCAUUCCCGUGUGGAUGUCAAUCAGGAAGUAACGAGGAUGAUGUAUGAAGUAAAGCAAUUUUGCGAUAACUCAAAAAGGCCAUUUUUGCACCACAGGAGUUUCAUUAGAGAUUGUCUGACACAACAACUAGUUUCCAACGUCAAUUUGGCAGAAAUGUGUGAAGGGUUUAGCCAUAUAUUAUUGCCCAGCACUAAAUCUGCAGAUUUAUCAGUAAGCAAUAUAUACUGCUUUGCGCUUGCUACUUCAUCAGGAAACUUUGAAAGUAAUUCAUCGGCUCUAUGGAUACCGUGCUUUAUUUCUUUAAAAAAAGGCUUGCUGCGUGUUGAUCCUUCAGAUAGGAUUAAGGAAGAUGAGCGAAUUGGUAAUUACUUGGAAUCUGUAAUAUGUUCAAUGAAAUGCUCCAUAUGUACGGACACCAUCGAGGUGGCGGGGGGUUUGCAUGUUAGUGAUGAACAAAUUCAAGUUGUGGCCCAUGUCGUUGAAUGCACAAAUACCAACUGUAAGGUAUCAGAAUAUUCGAUAGUUGACAACGGCGCAGUAAUAUUCCGGUGUCAUCGAUCAAUGAAGGGCGUAUGGCAAAGCAUAUCAAACGCCUUCCCCGGAUGA